AUGUCUGCCGCUACGAAAAUAAUUGCUACCUUGAAAAGUAUCGGCAAAUGGGCUCAGGAGAAUCAAACCCUCGCGGUAGGUUUGGGCGGUGUGGGAGUGCUCGUCGCCAAUGAGCGGUGCGGGCGCCGGGAUAUCAAAGCUGUGCUCGCCCGUCUCCGCGCCCAUGUUGAUGACGAGCUUGCCGAUAUUAAGAGCGAGGUUGAGUUUAUUAAUGCAAUGAGUUUAUCAGCCUCGUUACGCCGGCCCGGUGUCAACAACGCAGGGACCGGUGUUAAGAACCGCAGUCAGGAUGAUGAAGCCCAUUGAUGGAAACAAGGUGGAAAUGAGAGAAUUUGUCAAGGAGGCGGAGAAGUUGUUGAUGGAAUAGUCCCCAUAGAAAUAUGUCAGAGUGCAUCGACCUAGAUUUUUGUAUGUGUAUUGCCUCUUGGCAUGCAUCCUCUUCUUGUACAUAUUAUAUACAGGAGACCUCGACUCUUGAA